UGGGUGAACAAGAAGAUAAUAUGUAUUUGUGGCAGUGGCACCUUAAUUCAGACUAUAUAGUUCCUUGCAUGUGUAUAUGCUAAUUUCACUGUGGUAAUGAAUCUUAGAGCAAGUCAUACAGUUUAAGUACUGCAAUGAUUUUCAGUUUUGUACAAGUUUUCAAGGUCUCCCUUUAAAGGUCUCGGCGUUUAAAUGUCCAGCAGGGUGGCGGCGGCCUGCAGGUGUCACGUGACGUGACGUCACACUGCGGGCGAGAGCUGAGCCAGUUUGUUUACAUGCGGGGCGCUGAAGGCGGCAGGGUCUCCUGUUUGGACUACCCUCCAUAGUGUGAUAGAUGAGCAAGUCACACACAGCCAGGUGACCCCACCCAGCCUUGGAGCCUCACACAUGCCCAGGACAAUGACAUCCAAGAAGGAACAUCCCACCUAGUCAGCCUCUCCCCAAGUCCCUCCGCUACCGCCCACAGCAUCCCAUCCACCUCCACCCCUUCUGCCGCCACACUGCCGCUGCCUCCUGACCCCGCACCACGCAACGAGGACAUAGCCUGGGACGUCUUAAGUGGAUGUUCUUUGUCAUCUCUGCUGUGAUUGGAUGUCGUCUUUGUCAAGCUCUUGUGUUGUUUUGUUUGUGAGAGCUUUGCUCUUUGAUGCCUGCUUUAGUUUCUAGUGAUUAGUUUAAUAUAAUAUAUACUACUCCAUUCUAGUCAAACAAAUUUCUUUAUAUCAAGUACAGAGAUAUAUUAUUUUUGUAAUUUAAUUUAGAUGUUAUGCAAUCUGCUGUAGAACUGUAUAGUAUUAAUUACAAUGGAGAAGCUACCCUCUACAAAGAAGGGGGAACACAAAGUCCAGUUCUCCGAUGAAACUGACCUCAAACUCAGAGGACAGAAAGUAUGUGGCAAGCCUCCCGAGGUGCCCCGGGCUCCUCCAUACAGCCGAAGUAGCAGUAGACUCAGUGGCAGUAGCAGCAUCAGCAGCAGUAGUAGCAGCACUAGUAGUUCAAGCACCAGCAGGUUCAGCAGUAGUGGAGGGAGCAGCUCAACUUUAGAGAGGUCAGUGGGCCGAGGGUCAGACCCUUCAAGACUGACCUCCUCUCUGGACCGCAAGCGAACUGGAUCUGUCAGAAGUAAAACUUCUGACCGUGUUCAGAAGAGUGACUCGAGCAGGAGUCUCUCACUAGACAGAAGAAGAGCAGAAGGUUCCCGCCGGGAAAGUGCAAGCCCCAGCACCUCGAGCACAGAGAGAAAGAGGCGAGAAUGCGAGAACAGAGACAUUCAGAACAUUCAGAACAGGGAGAAGAAGCCAAAGACCAGACUUCCUGGUGGGCACAGCAGGAGUCAGUCUGGGGAACAGGGAAGGCUGCUGGGCCGCCAGAAGAUGGCACAACCAACCCUCUCUCAUGGCAAAGGUGAUUCUUCAAAGACUUAUAUUGUGGAAGAGAAGAGCACAACCAAGAUAGAAGAAAAGAAGUUCCCAUUCCACAUGGACUGGGCUGAGAGGGUGAAGAGGGCCACAUCACGAAGCCCAAGUAGAACCCAAACCACCACCAGUGAACCUUCAGAGAGAGAAGACAAGGAAAAUGAAAAAGUGAGGGAGAAAGGAAAAGGGGACUUGAGGAACCAAGAUAAGAAGGAAAGAGGAAGAUCACUCAAGAGAGAAAAUAGGACCAACAAACAUGCCUCUAAUGGGAAACACAAGUUUGAGGAGCACUUCACUAUGGAUGGUGAUGUGAUGUGGGUGGGUAGCAGCAGAAGGAAUGGGUAUCUCAUCUUCAACUGUGGUACUCUGGAGGAACCACCCAAGAAUUCCACCGCCCAAAGAUACACCAUGACAUUCAAGUUCUCUCAGUCGGACUCUAAGCUCAUUCGGAUGCUGAUGGAAGCUCAUGGCUUCAGUGAGGUGGAGAGCAGCAGUUCUUUCUUCAAUCUUUAUUGGGGCAAUGCUCACUUCAAUCCCAAUGAGAUACGUCAGCUUCAGGACUGGCAGAAGGUCAACCACUUUCCGAGAUCAUCGGAGCUCACCCGGAAGGAUCGGCUGUACAUGAAUAUCAAGCGAAUGCAGCGGCAGUUUGGUGUGAAACUGUUUGACUUCAUCCCCACAAGCUUCAUCCUGCCCACUGAGUACCGGGACUUCUGCGACACACACCUGCGGGAGCGUGGCACCUGGAUUGUGAAGCCUGUGGCUUCCUCCCAGGGCAAGGGGAUAUACCUGAUCAACCAGGUGGACCAGGUGCCUGCAGACGAGACCUCACUCUUGUGCCGAUACAUUGAGUCUCCGCUGCUGGUGGAUGGCUACAAGUGUGAUCUGCGACUCUAUGUUGGUGUGACGUCCCUGGAUCCACUGGUGGUGUAUCUGUAUGAGGAGGGGCUGGUGCGUCUUGCCACUGUCAAGUACCAGCAUGGCAAGAACCUGUGGAAUCCCUGCAUCCACCUCACUAAUUACUCCGUCAAUAAGUUCCACUCUAAUUAUGUUCAAAAUGAGGAUCCAGAAGUGGAUGACCAGGGGAAUAAGUGGUCUUUGAGUGCCUUUCUGCGACACCUGAAGAGCCAAGGCAUUGACACGGGCUCCCUGAUGAGAUCCAUUGAAGAUGUUAUCAUCAAGUCUCUCCUUGCUGCCUCGUACCAGAUGAACACCGCCACCAACAUGUUUGUGCCUCACCCACGCAACUGUUUUGAGUUGUAUGGGUUUGACAUCUUGAUUGACAGCCAACUAAAGCCUUGGGUGCUAGAGGUCAACCUUUCUCCUUCCCUCAAUAUUGAUCAGCCUUUAGACUUAAAGAUUAAGUCAGCAAUGCUUGCCGACCUCUUUUCCCUAGUGGGUGUGCAGGUGGUGAACCCCUACACUGCCAAGACAUCCUCGCGUCCGUCGGUGUUCCGCAAGUUGCCGUAUUUGCGCUACUCCAUGGAUGCUUACGAGAAGCACCAGUUUGCCAAGGGUACCAAUAUUAUCCCCACCACUGAGGAGAUACGCAUUGUGAGACAGGUGCGGGAAGAGUAUGAGAGGAAGGGUGGCUGGGCUCGCAUCUACCCCACGCCAGACUCGUGGGGCCUGUAUGGCGGCCUGCAGGAGUAUGAGAGUCCACUCAACUUAGUCCUACAUUACCACCUCUACCCACAUGUGCCACGAACAAACAGUGCCGUCACCCUAACUUCUGUGCCACACAAACGCUGCAGAUUCGGCAGAGUGGCAACUGGCCGUGUGUCUGGAGUGUCCAGCAGUGGUCUGGCUUCCUCCUUGGAGCGGCUCACCUGCUAUGAACGCGCUUUACCCAAGGGUCUCAUUUUCCUCAAGAACAAGAAAAACUUGGGCCCCAACAAAAAGGAGGAUAACAAUGAGUGUCGGGACUUGAAGAAGGUGAAGGCCAACGUCAUAAGGGCUCUGGAAAAUGGCUUGGCUUUAAGCAAAUAUCAAGCACGCAUGGCAUUUUCUGUUUACCUGCAACACAUCCAGAGGCGGCUGAUGAUUGGCUGUGAUGAGGAGAAGCAGACUGACCUGGUGUACCGCUUCCUCCGCUCUGCCUCACGAACACUCCACAGCCCCAUGAACGUUCAGAACCCGAGCAAGACGCUGCCUUCGGAAGCUCGAGCUGUGGUGAUUUCUAAGCAGCUGGGAGACUUCAUCCAAGCCUACACCAGGGAAACACACAUUUACCUGGACCCAGCUGCCUCGGCUUCCUGCUCCUCCCUGUCCUCCCAGUGCCCAACUACAACCACUACAUCCUCUGAGCCCUCCACACCUUAUGUUACCUCCCCGCCAUACACCUCCACCCUAUCCAUUAACUCCCCUCCUGCUGGGUCGUCAGUAUCCCUGCUGUCGGGCUCCAUGAGUGCUUCAACCUCCUUCAUUAACCAUGCCUCAGCAGCUGUGUGUGGUUCCUCAGCCUCUAUCAAUAAUUCAGGUGCCUCCCACUUAAAUACCACCUCUAGUUCAGUCAUUGCACCACACCAUCCAGUAGAGACUCCAGAAUUGUGCACUCCAGUCAAACAGUCUUACUCCCUUGCCUCAGUCAGUAACUUGUCCUCAGUAUCAUUCAGCAGAUGCUCUUCAGCAUCUGUGAGGAAUGGGUCUCUCUUAAAUAAAUCAGCCUCUGCCUUAAGCUCCUUGUCCUCAGCCAGUACAGCCAAUAAUAUAUCUCAUGUGUCGCUCAGCAGUAUCUCCUCUGUGUCUGUCAGCAACCCUUCACCCCUAAACCAGUCUCUCUCUGUGUCUUCCUUCAGCAGUCCUCUUUCACUCUCAAACUCCAGUUCCUUUACUUCCACUAACAAUUCUUCUUCCAUUCCCUUUUCAGCCUCCUCCAAUUCCAUUAGCAGCCCACCAUCUGUGUCAGUCACUGGCUCCUCUACAUCAAUUAACCUCCCACCACCUUCCAAAACCCCAUCUUCUGUCUCAAUAGCUUCCUUCAACUCUGCUUCUGACAUUGGAGGAGAAAUUGCCACACUACCUCCUCGAAUCCGAAGAUUGAAAUCUGAUGGGGACAAUUCCCUAUCUGUUGCUGAUGAUGGCAGCAAGAUGUCCACCAGUCUUGACUCUGCUGAGCUGGAGAAGCACACCACAGAGCAGCAGCCACAGCAGCAGCAGCAACAGCAACAGAUGAGCAAGGACGACCAUAUCACCAUGGACUUGUAUCGUGCUUUCAUGUCCAACGCUGGAGAGUCUGACCUGGAGGAGGUGUUGGCACUGCAGACCCGCAUGCAUAACUCAGCCGGCGUGUUCCUGGAGUCCCACCGCCGCUCCCGGAUCUAUCCAGGCAGUUCACACUCUGUGGCUGGGACGGCCACCUCUCAUCCCUCCACCACCGCAUCCUCCACCUGCAGCUCCCGUCCCAGGACCCCCACUGCCUCGCCCCACGGCUCGCCCCGCCGCGCCCGCCGCUCCCCCUCCACUGGUACGCGUCGUUCUUCGUCAGGCAGCAAUUUGUCGGGGAGUCACACAAAAGUGGGAGAACCUGUGACCAAUGAACCUCACUCCCAGAAUACUGAAGGACCAUCCUCCUCCCAGUCCCAAACCUCCUCAGAUCUUCCCCCUUCCUCCUCCUCCUCCUCCUCCUCCACUGCCACCACCACUGCGGCAAUGGCCACCACCCAGGCAUCACACCCCCGAAGCCAACCGCCAGCCACCACCACUGCCUCCUCGUGCUGUCUCUUUGGUAACAUCCUUAAGGCAAGUCUAAAAGGAACAAAUACUUUUAUCUCAUGAAGGCAAAUGACAAUAGUCUUCUCUUGUUAUAAUGAUAUCGCCACACAUGAAGAAAUGGGAAACUUAUUUACAAAUAUAAGUAUCAAUGUGUUGGCAAUAUCCAUUUAUAUAUUGUAGAAAUAUCAGUGAAAAUUUUGCUUUGCAUCCAUAGAUACAACUGGAAGUAGACACAUUUUGCAUACAUAAGCCUUGGCCAAUUAAAAAGUUGACUUUUCUGUAACUUACAUUAGAAUGCAUAAUAAGAACAUGCUAUCACAACUUUAUUGCUUAUCUAUAGGUAAGAAAUUUAAAAUCAGAUCUGAGUUUACAAAAAGCUUUUUUUGUCAUCCAGUUUAUCACAUGGAAAUAUGAAACCUUAAUAAUCUUUAAAAUACAAAAACGCCAUUACUGUAGGUUGUAUCAAACCUUGUCUAAACUUCCUAAUGGGAAGCAGAUAGAAGGUGGAGGGUGUGACAACAUAGAGAAAAGAACAAAAGGGAAGGGAAGGUGGAUGGCAAGCAAAGCAGAGGUUAGAGCUUGUUUUGGUUCAUGAGGAACAGCCCUAUUGGGAAGACUCAGGGAAGACACAUUCGUUAAUAAGGAAUCUUCUUUCUCCUGAUUCUUGUUCACAUGUUUGGUGGUAGUCAUGGAUAACAGUACACAUUUAGGAGUUAAAUAAUUCAAAGUAUUCCAUUCACUCUCACAAAAUGAGGUAUUAUGCCAUUGGCUGUCAGUGAUCGUUCAUAAUUAAAUCUAACCGUAGCAUGUCUGCUGCAUUUUUUUUUAUUUAUUUAUUUUUUAUACAAACUUUCAGACAUGACUGCUAUUAAUUUCACACCUUGUUAUAAUGUUACUAUGCAAUGAUAAUAUUCAGAUAUAUGUAACAUUUAAUUUUGAUAGUGUACUGUAAUCAAUUCAUUGGAAUUUUAGAAAAAUGUCAAAUGAUUAUGUUUAUGGUUUUUGCUUUCAUACUCUUUCAUUAGCCAUGGAUGGAGUGUAGUAAAAAUUGUUAUAGCUUCUUCCAAGAAAAUGCCUUGUGAUGAGCAUCUUCAUUCUGGAAAAGAUUUGGCUUGUGUCAGCUUGGUGAAGGCAGUGCCCUGUGGAGGGAUAACCAGGCACUGCUGAGACUUGGCUCACAAGGAUGUUAUUUCCUUAUUUAGUUCAUUUAGCCUGACUUUUGUACAGGUUAUAUUAACUUGUAUUUACAAAUAUUGUUUGCUUUAAUUACAAUGCAAAAGGUAUGUACUUCUGUGUGUGUACAAUAAUGUUAUAUACAUGUUGAGAGCAAACUAAGCAAUGCUGCUCAGUGGCUCUAGCUACUGAAGGUUGUCUGUUACCAGCAGCAGCAGCAGCAGCAGCAGCAGUGGGAGUUACUUAAAGGGUCAUAAUAAUGCUAUGAAGCAAAAGUUUGUCAAAUUUUGCUUUUUCUGCUAAGUUUUGCUUCCAAGUGUUGUGCCAUGAAGAUUAUGUGUUGUCAGGAUUGAAGAUGUGUUACAAAGUGCUGUGGUUGUGUUGCUUGUAGGAAUGUGGGAUUUUGCAGCAACAGUGUAGUAUUUCCUUUGAAUAAGUGAGAUUUUAAGUGGCAACUUAAAAAUGCUAAAUACAUUUAUAUUUUGAUAUUUUUAUCAUGUAAUAUUUAUGAUAAGAAGAACCAUCACAGGGUGGAGAGGCUAGAGCUACCUAAACAUUGAGUAAUGAAAAGAUUAAAUGUUCAAGAUAGUGCACACACACACACACACACACACACACGUCUAAAUGACGUGAGAAAAUACAGUUUCCUGCAUCGUAGUAUUGAUAAGUGGAAUAAACUGAGCAGUGAUGUCGUUGACGCGGUGU